AUGGCUAGAGUACCAACCAACCGUGAACGACUUGAGAACCUUGAAAACAUGUCUAGCACCAUGGAAGAUAGGUUUUCAAGAAUGGAGCAGACUCUGCAACGACUUACGCUAUUGGUUGAACAACAGCAAUCAUCAAGGCGAAGCAACAGCAGAUCACCCCCCAGACAACGAACUCCUGCCUCUGUUAGCCAAAGGCAUGAUUCAAGAUCCGAGGACGACUCUGAAGAUGAACGACAAGAAGACAACAGGGAAGCCACUACAAAUCCCUUUGCCCGCAAGCAAUCCACCUUUAAACCGCGACUGCAAUUUCCUACCUUCAAUGGUGAGGAUCCGAUUUCUUGGCUCAGCCGUGCCAAUCAAUUCUUCAAGUCACAAGACAUAACCAGUCAAGAGAAGGUAGACUAUGCUGCCUACUUUUUAGAAGGAGAGGCCAAUCACUGGUGGCAGUGGCUCUCUCGCACUUAUGAGAAUCAGGGCAAAACAAUCCGGUGGAAGGACUUUGAACAAGAAAUUCGCACCAGAUUCGGCCCUACCGGAUACAUGGACUACGAUGAAGCAUUGUCAAAAAUGCAGCAAACGAGAUCCCUCCGUGACUACCAGAAAGAAUUCGAAAGAGUUGCCACACAGGUGAGGGACUGGCCUGAAAAGGCUUUGAUUGGGGCAUUUGUUGGAGGCCUUAAGCCAGAAUUAGCAACAGAAGUGAAGUUGCAUAGGCCCACCCACUUGCGUCAUGCCAUAGAGAUUGCAAGACUGAAGGAUGAACAGGUGCAAUCCAUGCGCAAGUCAUAUGCCUACAAAGGCCCUACUGUGGCCGCAAGCAGUAGCGGGUACAAGCCAAAGGUACCACCCCCGCCACAAGCCAUGUCCAGUAAGUCUAUUCCCCCAGGCGUGCGGCGCCUUUCAUGGGACAAAAUGCAGAAGCGACGUGAGCAAGGCUUAUGUUUUAACUGCAACGAGAAGUUUACGCCGGGCCACAAGUGCAAGAAGGCCCAAGCCUUUCUGAUCGAGUGCGACCACCCUCAGGACUGGGAUGAGGAAGAGGCAGAGCCCAACAUGCCUCUCGACUGGCCCGCAGAAGCCAUUGAAGCAGCCAGUGACGAACAGCCCGAAGUAUCUCUGCAUGCUUUAGCUGGUUCAUCCGGGCCACAAACCAUGCGCAUCACAGCCAUGUUGCGCAACCGUGAAGUCAGCCUACUCAUUGAUAACGGGUCAACACACAACUUCAUCAGUACAAGGAUCGCCCAAAGGUUGCAGAUCCCUAUCACCCACAUUGACUCUUUCCAUGUGCGUGUAGCCAGCGGGGAAAAGCUGACAUGCACCCAGCAAUGCAAAAGCGUGAAUCUGAAGAUCCAACACAUUGCAGUGACGGUGGACCUGUAUGCCAUACCAUUGGCAGGGGUCGACAUCGUAUUAGGCGUGCAGUGGCUAUCCCAGUUGGGCAAAGUGGCUUUCGACUACAAGCGACUGACCAUGGAAUUCACACUUGGAGACCAACCGGUAUGCUUGUCCAUGCAGCCUGGUCACAGCCAUGCAAUCAAAAGAAACGAGAUACAGAAGUUGAUCCGAGCGGGAGGUGAAUGCUAUGCCAUUCAAGUAGCCACCCAACCCCGCAGCCAAGAAGAUUUUCCCACAGCAACCGACCCACAGAGGGAAGAAAUAGCAACCGACAUUCAAGAGGUGCUUGCAGACUUUCCCUCGGUUUUGCAAGAACCCACCACCCUACCACCAAGCAGGGCGUGCGAUCAUCGCAUCACCCUCAUAGACGAACAGCAGCCCGUGAACGUACCCCCAUACAGGUACGCCCACCAUCAAAAAGACGAGAUAGAGAGGCAAGUGAAGGAGAUGCUCAAGCAGAAUCUCAUACGACCCAGCACCAGUCCCUUCUCUUCGCCAGUUCUACUUGUCAAGAAGAAGGACGGGUCGUGGCGCUUUUGCACAGACUACCGCGCCUUGAACAAAGCCACUGUGAAGGAUCGAUUCCCCAUUCCAUCCAUUGAUGACAUGCUGGAUGAGUUGGGAGGCGCAACAGUUUUUUCAAAGUUGGACCUGCGGGCAGGAUACCAUCAGAUCCGCAUGCACCCGCCUGACAUCCACAAGACAGCCUUCCGCACCCAUCAUGGCCACUAUGAGUACCUUGUCAUGCCGUUCGGAUUGUGCAACGCGCCAUCAACCUUUCAAGCGGCAAUGAAUCAAAUUUUCCAGCCAGUGCUCCGUAAGUUCGUCUUGGUUUUCUUUGAUGAUAUCUUAAUUUACUCCAAGACACGGGCACAACAUCUCCAGCAUCUGCGUCAAGCGCUCACCAUCUUGGCCCAAGCCCACUUUUGCAUAAAGCUGUCCAAAUGUGCAUUCGGCCAGACUGAGGUAGAGUACUUGGGACAUUAG